CGUAUCAGCAACAGUCAGUCGUUAUCAUCACCCGCGGAGUCUUGUAGACCCCAUCCCGCUGCCCCUUCUCCACACGGAAUACACACAGAAAGCACUUUCCCAUUCUUUCUCGUCCUUUACCUUUCAGUCUGUAUCGCUCGUUCGUGGCACGUCAUUCGCUAGAAAGGAGAGAGGGAGAAAGGAGUCUCGAUGAUGGGUUCCGGAAAACACCACAAGUUUGGCGUUGUCCUUGAUGCAGGUUCGAGUGGGACCCGACUAUACAUUUACCAGUGGAAUGAUCCGGUACACGCUCGCAAAAAGGCGUCGACCGAGAAGCUGCGCAGUAUUCCCAAGAUCAAAACGAAGAAGCAGUGGACGAAGAAGGUCAAACCAGGAAUCUCCACGUUCCACGAUAAGCCCGGAUCCGUCGGCCAUGACCACCUCGCGCCGCUUUUCGAACAUGCGCUGAAGUCGAUACCGCGGGCCGAAGUUCCGAACACGCCGUUGUUCCUGCUCGCGACGGCGGGAAUGCGAUUGGUUCCCGAGAACGAGCGGAAGCGGCUGCUGGACGAAAUCUGCACGUACGCGCGACGGAACACCGAGUUUCUCCUUCCCGACUGUGACUUGCACAUCCAGGUGAUACCCGGCGAAACCGAGGGAUUGUACGGGUGGAUCGCGGCAAACUAUCUGCUGGGCGGGUUCGACGACCCGACGGUCCACGACGCGCAUGCACACAGCAAACAUGGCCACCACACGUAUGGAUUCUUGGAUAUGGGUGGCGCGUCGGCGCAGAUUGCGUUUGCGCCGAAUGCGACGGAGUCGAUCAAGCAUGCCGAUGACCUGAAGCUGCUCCGACUGAGGACCUUGGAUGGGCAGGAUAUGGAGCACAGGGUGUUUGUGACGACUUGGUUGGGGUUCGGCGUGAACGAGGCUAGGAGGCGAUAUGUCGAGAGGAUCGUCGAGGCAAGCGGCGCCCCUGGAGUCAAGGAGCUCCCGGAUCCGUGUCUCCCGAAGGGACUGUUGAGGACUUUGGAUGGAAAAGAGAUUGAGGAUCCGGCUGUGGCGAAGAAGACCGUGCAUCUGAUCGGAACAGGCCAGUUCGCAGAAUGCGAACGGCAGGCCUACCAUCUCCUCGACAAGGACAAGCAUUGCGUGAAUGCGCCCUGCCUUCUCAACGGCGUACAUGUCCCGGCCAUCGACUUCGACGUCAACCACUUUGUUGGUGUAUCGGAAUACUGGCACACUACGCACGAGAUCUUCGAGGACAAGCACUCGACAAAGGCUUACGAUUUCGCGACCUACCAGAAGCGCGUGAAGGAGUUUUGCGAGCGUGAUUGGCACAGCAUCGACGAGGAUGUGAGCAAGCAGAAGUGGGGCAAGAAAGUCGAUGUGGACACUGCGAUGCAAGUCUGCUUCAAGGCGUCGUGGAUCAUCAAUGUCCUUCACGACGGAAUUGGAGUUCCACGUGUAGGGCUCGAGAGCCUGGGCAAGAGCUCUCACAACGGGACUAAGGAGGUUAUCGAGGCCGUCAAGGAGAAGGGAUUUAUGGAUUCUUUCCAGCCCGUCGACAAGAUUGAAGAUGUCGAGGUGUCGUGGACACUAGGACGAAUGAUUCUCUACGCGUCCUCGCAAGUUCCGCCGGCCAAAGUCGAGGGCAAAGAAGCACUUCCGGUAGGCUUUGGCGACAAUAUCUUCACCGCGAACGGCGUCCCCGAAGGAUUUCAAUAUGGAGGGAGCGGGCCGCAAGGUAAGCACGGGAAGCCGUCGUUCCCCAGUGGAAACUACACGGCGCCAGACUCGCACUGGCAUGAUUCGUUGUGGCAAGAGGGCGAUACCGCUCCCCGCCGGAUUCCCGGUCUGGUCCUCUUCCUGGUCAUCUUUGGUUUCGCCGCAUUGCUCCUCAUCGGCCGCGAGAGAAGGCGCAGGAUACUUCACAUCUGCGCUUCCACCGUCAAGAGCAAGAAGCGCAAGAUCCUUGGAAGCACCGGAAUCGUUACGUACGAGCGGGUAUUGGAGGAUGGAUACGAGAGUCCGUCGACGUUUGAGCUUGGAAGUUAUGACGACGAGGAGGGAUGGGGGACUCCGAAGCUCGAGGCUGGGCGCUACGACGACCCGGGCCUUGGCCCCCCACGGCUUGGACUGCAUGUGGCGGGAUCAAGCUCGACCGUUGGGCUUGCGACUAGGGUAGAAAGCAGGGAGCGACUCGCCACGCGGAGCAGGGAAGUGAGUCCAUCUCGGAAGGGCCCGCGUGCGCGGAGUCCUCUGCCGCCUCGAUAGUUUUGGGUGGGCGGAGAGCGGUGGAAUGAGGAACGAGGAGGUCUAGGGCUUUCUCUUACGGAAUUAAUUGUGUUGUGGUGGGUGUUCUUCUUUACGCUUUCUUUUGUCGGGUACAUCAACUUUUAGUGCUGGGUUUGUUUGGUCGCUCUUGCUGUCGUCACAAAAUGGGGUUCUUGUUUGAUUCUUUUUGUGUUUGGGUCCGGUGUUAAUUUCCGUUUUUGUUUUUUGUUUUCUUGGGGCCCGGAGUACAGUGCCUGGGUGUUUUCUUGAGGAUUUUGGGGGAUGAAAAGCCGAGGGAAUGUAGAUGUCAUUGUGGCUUAUUGUGGCUUGUUGUGUAGUAUUGAUGGAUCUGAAGUCGUGAUAUGAUGUUGCAUCGAAAUUGACACAGCGAGAAUCUUCCGGUGUUGAGUG